AUGGAGGCAAAGUGUGCAUCCAUUUGCAGCGAGGAAUCUGAGAUGAUUGCUCACAUGCCGUCCAUGUUCUGUAGCAGCAAUGAUGCUGAUGCCAACAUUUGCUCUCCCAACACUAGCACUAGUUCUUGUGUCACAGCAAGCACAAUGCCCAGUAGCGUGCUCCUUCCUGUUAUGGAAGACGCGAGCUAUGGCGCAGCGCCAUUGGUGAACACUGCCAAGGAUUGGUGCUUUGAUCACCGAAGUCAGACCAUCACUCCAAUUACUGAUGCUGUUACUGGUGACAAGAGGGUACAUGUCAUGGAUGCGCAGGGGAGGAAGAGUAAGAACACAAACAAGAAAUCCCGUGCUGUUGCCUCGGCAUCGAGGACCUUGAGUUCAAGUGCUCUUGAUGAUGGCGCUAAUACCGAACUUGUCAACCAGAGAUGUUCCUGGUGCUGCAGCUCUGUAGAUGAUUCGAUUGGUGUGUGUGAGGAAUCAGUAGUUCUGAAACAAAGUGACCGUUUGAGAAGUCGCAGUCGGUCCUCAAAGCAUUCACAAAACCUUUACGCAAAGAAGAGAAGAGAGAGGAUUAAUGAUAAACUAAAAAUGCUGCAACGGCUAAUUCCCAAUGGCACCAAAGUUGACAUCAGCACUAUGCUGGAGGAGGCAGUUCAGUACGUCAAGUUUCUGCAGCUGCUGAUAAAGGUACUUCUGUUGAGCUCUGACGAGACAUGGAUGUACGCGCCACUUGCCUGCAACAGUAUGGGCAUCGAUCUCAGUGCUAGUGCUGCAACAUACCAAUCAUGA